AGCCGACUCCUGCUCGGGGUGGGAGGGGAGAGGCUCCUGGUACCUCCUGGCUCCGCCAUUCUGGGGGCUGAGCCUUUGGGAGGUGCAGGGCAGGUAGGAGGUGCUCAGAUCUUCCUGGAGCUGCUAAUCACAGGGAUGGGCAGCAGGAACCACGGCAUCAAUGUCGCCAGGGUCAACAAGGGACAGCACUGAGUGCAUCUGUAAUGAUAAUGAGGCCGGGGCAGGAGCAGCAGGCCUGGAAUUGCAGGAAGGAGGAAUGGCUCGACUCAGGACCUGGGUUUCGUCCUCUCUCAGAUCUAGCCUUGCUUUGAAGUUCUUCACCGUCACCAUCCUGGCCAGCAGCAUCCUGCCCGCAGCGCACAGCAGCCUGUUCAACCUGAAGACCAUGGUGGAAGCCAUCACGGGGAAAAAUGCCAUCCUGUCCUUCGUGGGCUACGGCUGCUACUGCGGGCUGGGGGGGCGUGGCCUGCCCAUGGAUGAAGUAGACUGGUGCUGCCAUGCCCAUGACUGCUGCUACCAGAAGCUCUUUGACCAGGGUUGCCACACCUACGUGGACCAUUAUGAGUACAGCAUCGAGAAUAAUACUACGAUUGUCUGCAGAGAUCGCAACCAGACGGACUGCGACAGGCAGACCUGCGAGUGCGACAAGAGCGUGGCUCUGUGCUUCCAGAGGCAGACGUACAAUGAGAAGCAUCGCAACUACCUCAACAUCUACUGCCAGGGCACCACCCCCAACUGCAGCAUCUACGAGCAGCCCAAGAAGGAGACCUGUAGCCCCGCCUCCUCGCCACCCCCUGCACUGCCCUAGUGCCCUCUGGGGGCUGACAGAGAAGAAGGGUGGCAGUUCCUGCUCUGGGGACCAGGCACAUGGAGCAGGCAGAGGUGGGGGUGGACCUGGAGCCUAUGGGCUACCCUGCCAUCUUCUCCCUGGAGCCCUCCAGCAAGGCUGGUCCCCAGAGGAUUCAGGAAGGCCUGGGCCCUGACUGUGGCCACCGGGGUCCUCCAGCCCAGGACUGGGCAUGUCCGUGUCCUGCUGUUGGUCCUGGACUUGGCAGGGAACGUGUGGCUUGUUGGCGUCACUCCUGAGUGUGGAAGACGAGACCUGAGAGAGAGGCCCCAGGCCCCCAGGUCUCUGACAAACACAGGAGAAGGCAGGGCCCAGCCCUCAGCCUCUCCCCCUGCACCUCCCCUCAUGCAGCAGCCAGGCCAGUGGGUGGAAAGACCUUAGGCCUGGGGAGGAAAGGCUGAGGGCUGGGACCCUCCUGGGUGAAAAGGGAAACAAAGGCCCAGGCAGGAAGCUGAGCAGAAGAUUCAGGGAGGCCGGGAGGGAGCAGCCUGGGGAGGAGGAAAGGGUAGGGAGAAGGGGAGAGAGGGGUGAGGGUCAGAUGUCUAGACCAGAGGUGUGGAGCUGGGUUGAAGAGCCUGAAGGUGGAGAGGAGGAGUGAGGGUCACAUUUUUUGAGGAAGGGGCUCCUGCAAUCCAGAGGUUCUCUCCUUCCUUACGAGUCCUUUCAGCUUAGUGAGAUCUUUUAUGCUAAGGUUUGUGGACGGGGCUGCACCUGCUUUACAUUGGUCUAGGAGCUGCCAUUGCCGAAGGGGUUCUCCUUGGCCAAUCUUCACUCAGGCUCCUGAGACCUCUUACCAACCUUUGGGUUUCCAUGUCCAUCUCAGCAUCACCUAGCUGUAGCAAGAAUCCUGCCUUGUCAUUUUAGCAAGAAUCCCCACCCACCAUUAAUGUCUGACCAGAUUCCACAUCCUCCAUCGUCUGAUCUGGCCUGCCCUCAGCAAGAAUCCUAUUAGGUCAGUGUAGCAAGAAUUAUCUUACCCUCUUAGCAAUUGUCCAUCCCCCAACCCACCUCCGGCUCCUCUAAAUCCCCACUUAAGAAGAAUGUGGCUUUGUGAUUGUUGUAUUAAGAAUGGAGCCCAGUGCUAUACUGCCCCCUGUUGCAGUAGUCUUGAAUAAAAUCUGUUUCUACCACUGAA